UGUGCCCUUGGCGGCGCCUCGGCCUCGCCUCCCGCAGCCCUGCAGAAAUUGGCGCCGGCUACACAUGCCCCCUGCCUUCGGUGGUGUGAAGCGGGCGACGAGCUGAGCCCUCUGAGGUCCGUUGUGUAAGCUGGCGACCUUCCCCGUGAAGAGGACGGAAUAGUGUUCUUGCAAAACCCUCCUUCCGGGAAACGUCGCCUCCCCUCUGAUGUACGCUACGGGGUUGAUGCCAAAGUCAGCGCCAGUUGGGCUGUGCGGUUUUAGUGUAGCCCUCGUAGAGGGAGUAUAACGGCACAAAAGAUGCUGUUUUGCCUGAAUAGUGUACAUUGAGCAGCAUGCAUGCUGUUUUGCAGUCUUAUUUUUACAUAUACAUCCUAAGUUAAAAGUUAUGGAUUAUACUUGCUUUUCUUUUUAAUAGAUACAUUCUGAAACAUAAACAAAUUCUGCUCAGAUUUUAAAGGCUUAUUUGUAUCUGAGUAGCUUUACUUGAUAGCAGCCCUUGAAACCAAGAGUCAUUUAAAUUUUGAAAUUUUUUAAGCAUAAAUGUAUUAAAUCUACAGAGGUAUGAGAAAGUCUGUCUCUUAUAAAUGUACCGAAUUUCGGGAGGGUAUGCAUUGAUUUUUUUUUUUUUCAUUUAAGUAGUAUAUAUGAGUUUUAUGGCUGUAUGGAACUAUACUUGUUAUCUUUGUCUAUGAUCUAAAAGGAGAUAAAUCACUAUAUUACAAAUUAACGCAGCAUAUUAUGGAAAUAACAUCUUUCAGAAUAAGUGCAAGCUGAUGGUUUGAUCCCUUACCUGGAUCAAAACCUAUUAAAAGCAUUCAGGAUAGAUCCAGUCUUUUAUCCAAUCCCAAGUGCCUCACUUUCCCUUCCCUUUUCAGAAGGGUUAGUGCAGAAAGGCAAUUUGCUGUAUGCAGAACAUAGAAGCUAUUAAUUCCUUUGACCUGAGUUAACCUUGAUUUAGUCUGAUUUCCUGUUUGGAAAGGAAGUCGACAAAACCUGAAAAAGGAGACUUUUUUUCAGCACAGUUUAUAUGGCAUUUUUUACAAUUUUCAUUAAUAAAGAGAAAUUCUCUGUAUCUUUCUAGCUGAUUUUUAUGUGAAGGCUUAUUUCUUACAUGGCUUUUUGCUAAAGAUGUUCUUUUUGCUGUUUCCCAAAAUCAUUCAGAAGCAUUCAUAUUCCUGACAGAAUGAGAUACUGUCUGCUGUUGAUCUCUUCUGAGUUCCAGAUUUAUUACCUUACCUAACACAAAUAAAGGAGAUUGGCUGCUAGGAUAUAUGAGCUGGGAAAGAGUAAUUUAUGUAAAAAAAACCUGAUCAUCUGAAUGCUACUUUAGUCACUACUACAAAAUACCGAAGGGCUGCUUUAAUGAAAUCCUUUAAGAAUGCACAGUGUUGCAGAUCUUAAGUCACUCAUAUUUGUGGUUAGAAAAUUCGGUUGAUGGCUGAAUGUAGUUGUGUGGAGGAAAGGGGAGAGACUUAUUCCUGCAGAGUUACCGCUCAACGUAAAGUAUGCUUCCUAUUUAUACUGGGCUUGAAGAAAGGGAAUAAAGCUUUGUCCUUCUGAAAAGUUCUCAGUGCAGAACGAACAUAUGCUGCUGUUUCUAUGCCUGGAGAAAGCUAUGUUGUGAAUUAAUUUUCAUUUACCUUGUAAUAUUACUACUUUGAUACUAUAGAGCAUGUAAGUAAUAAGAAAUGCAGGACUCGGCAUUAGUCUCUAAAAGAAAAGAGCAUUUUUAUGUUGUUCUGAAUGUUUUGUAGGGAUUUUGUUUAACUGAAAGAAUGCAACAAGGUAAGACUAAUGAAUCAUAUGAGUUCUUUUAAAAAGCGUAUUUAACACAUUUUUGGUAAUGUGUUUAUAGGUCAUUAUUAAGUAUGUAGCUGUAUUUGAAGAAAUGUAAAGUAGCUUUGUGCCAUGUUGACUAAGAAGAUGGGGCAUCAUUUAGUGUUGCAUCAAGCAAUGAUUCCAAGACACCUGAAACUAUUUCGCCGUAUUCAAGGCAAUAGACUGUUAUCAGGUUACAAACCUAAAAGUGACGUGAAGGACUCUUACAAAAUUCUUGAGCUUCAGGAAGGAUGUUCCCUUGACGAUAUCAGAAAUUCAUACCGAAAUCUUGCCAAAAAAUAUCAUCCAGACAGCGGUUCCGUCACAGCUGAUUCUGAAGCAUUUAUGAAAGUGGAAGAAGCGUACAGAGUUGUGCUCAGUGAUGUGGCAAGCAAAAAGAAAUCAAAUGAGGAUGAAGAGGAAGACCAGUUCAAAUCAAAAGCACUACAGCAUAGGCACUACUUGAGUUUUGAAGGUGUUGGUUUUGGGAUGCCAAGCCAAAGAGAAAGGCAAUACAUGCAAUUUCGAGUAGACCGUGCUGCUGAGCAAGUGUUGGAAUACCGGAAGCAGAAACUUGAAGGCCAGUGUGCUGUGACUGACCUAAUGAAAGCCAAAGAUGUGAGACAGAGCAAAAAGGUGAAAAUAACACAAGCAAUUGAACGGUUGGUUGAGGACCUCAUCCAGGAAUCGAUGGCUAAAGGAGACUUUGACAACCUUAGUGGUAAAGGAAAGCCAUUGCAGAAAUUUUCAGAUUGUCCGCAUAUUGAUCCUAUGACUCACAACCUGAACAGAAUUCUGAUAGACAAUGGAUAUCAGCCAGAAUGGAUUGUGAUGCAGAAAGAAAUACGAGAAACAAUAAAGCAAUUAAGAAAGAUGGCCUCUAGGAAUAAGCUUGGAGAGCCAAUGACGCCGUAUAGACAGAAGCAAUGGGACCGUAUUUGUGAGCAAUUUAUAGAAGAUAUCAGGAAAUUAAACAAGAGAGUUGACAACUUCAAUUUAGUUGUUCCUAUUCUGAGCAGGCAAAUGGUGCACUUUAAUGCAGACAAAGAAAUUGUACGAGCGGAAAAGACUUACGAAGCUUUGAUGGAAAACAGAGAGGCUUCUAAUGCAGACACAAAGGAAAUUGAACAGGAAAAUGUUAAAAGGUUUGGGUUGAAGUCUUCUUUAUUUAAGUGGUUAAAUCUUAUGUUGAAAUAAGAUAAUAUUAAUCCAUCUGUCUUGUCACUAUUUUGAAUGCACUUUAUUACUAAAAUAUGUAGCAUUAGAAUGAGAAAUUUCAGGCAUACUGAAAAUAUAAAAUCCACCUGUCUGUUGUUAACAACAGUUAAAAGGAGUUGGGUUGUCGAAUGUGAAUUUGCAGGUGCUUAAUGGAUUUCUCUGUGCAUACAUUAAGGAGCAAAUAAAUUCUCUCAGUUACAGUC